AUGUGGGGGAUCCUAAGGCAGCAGACCGCUGCCUUCUCUCUCCUCGUAGCGCUGCUUGCCUGGGCAAGUGGUACAGCAGCUUCUGCAGCCCCAUGGCCGCCCCAAAGGCAGGGAGGCCCCGCUAGUGGACCCUUGGCUUUGUCCAGCCGCAUGCAAGACGUUGGUCAUCAUUCACACGACUCAAGGCUGAAGCAGCAGCAACAGCAGCAACAACAGCAGCAACAACAACCAUGGGAUGGUCUCACGGACAACGGGGCUCCCAUCCAGAAUUUCUUGCACGUCACCCAGCUGGAAGGAGAAGGUAACGGUGCUGCUGCAGCUGGGGGAGUAGCAGCAGCACAGGAACCUGCAGCAACAGAGGCAGCAGCUCCAGCGGAAGCUGCAGGAACCGCAGCGCCACCAGUUCCCGCUGCUGCUGCUUCACUGCCGAGUGGUGCAUCUUCCGCUGCUGGGAACACAACAUCAGACCCUGCAGCAGCAGCAACAGCAGCACCAGCAACAGGAACAGAAUCAACUGCACCGACACAAGUGCCGUUGCAGACAUCAGCACCACCAGCGCAACCCCCUCCACCACCGCCCGUAGGGGCAGCACCACUAGGAGCGCCUGCAGCAGCAGCAACACCGGCGGAAGCACCAGUGGGAGCACCAGCAGCAGCAGCAGCGCCAGCACCAGUAGCAGCUCCUACAGAAGCAGCACCGGCACCAGCAGCACCAGCAGUAGAACCGGCCGCAUCUACGGAUGCACCUGGCUGGCGGCAGCCUGUUGUUUUAACUGCAACGCCAGUGCAAACGCCUGCAGAAGCACCAGCCCCGUCUGCUGCUGCAGCAGCCCCUGUCGCGACUGCUACAGCACCAGCAACAACACUAGCAGCAACUGCUUCUCCCGUAGCACCCCCUGUGCUGCCCCCAGUAGCACCACCACUAACAGCAAGUCCGGCUGACGGAGGUGCAGGGGUGGAUGACGCUGCAGCAGCAGAAGCAGCAGCAGCACAAGCGGCAGCAGCAGAAGCUGCAGCAGCAGAAGCCGCUGCAGCACAAGCUGCUGCAGCACAAGCUGCAGCAGCAGGAGCAGCAGGCGCAAUGGGCACUCCAGGGAAGACGCUGAUCCUCAAGCAUGUUGCCGCUCACUAUGACUUUGACGUUUGUCUAGACGACUGUUCGUGUUGGCCGGUCUGGACUUUGAGUAUUUUGGGACUCGUGGCUUCAAACUUUUACCGAGGCGGCGGCAACUGGCUGCUGGUGGCUGGCGGCAUUGGGUUGGUAGUAGGGGGCUUGGUCGGUGGUUUGGUGCCUCCUUCUUGCUGGGCAGGGGCCCUGUACCUGGGGGGGGCCCUCAUGAGUUUGUUGGUUGCUACAGUUCUUGUGGGGCGACGGGGCGCCUGGCUCGGGGCCCUUGGAGGCCUUGGGAGCGGUGCCGUAAUUGGCGUCUUUACAUAUCCUAGCCUGGGAGUCGCUGGGAUCGUCGCCUCCACAAUUGUGGGGCUUCUCCUGGGGAUCGUUCUCGGCUUCGCUCCCAUCUUCAGGGGCCUCAAAAUCAAUGAAAGAUAUAUCUGCGCUGGUCUGCGCUCCCGCGGUGGCUCCAGCACGCGUGCUGAUGAAGGCAGCAGAAGCUACGAAAGCAGCCACGGAGUCGCCAGCAGCCCCAUGAGCUCCCGUCGGCAAAGGGCAAUCCCCAAGCUGACGCACGGCACGCAGCGCUUCUCGCAUAUGGGCCACACCUCAGAAAAUGAGGGCAGCACUCGCAGGAAUACCGAGGAUGCUUUGAAUGGAUCUGAAGAAGCAGCUCCUUGA